UUUGUCGGAAUGUGGAUGUGGAAAAAAUAAAAACAGCCGGCUUUUCUUUUCCUCGGUUCGUUAUCCUUCCCCCCGGUCCGGUUCGGUUGGGUUCGGUUCGGUUGUUGUCGUCGUCACCUCGGUGCAGUUUGCAGACAUGGCGAAUGUAGUGGACACCAAACUCUACGACAUCCUCGGAGUUUCUCCUACGGCUACCGAGAACGAGCUGAAAAAGGCGUAUCGCAAGCUGGCGAAAGAAUAUCACCCUGAUAAGAAUCCCAAUGCAGGAGACAAGUUUAAGGAGAUCAGCUUUGCGUACGAGGUGUUGACUAACCCUGAGAAGAAGGAGCUGUAUGACCGGUAUGGAGAGCAGGGCCUGCGUGAAGGAGGAGGAGGAGGAGCCGGGAUGGAGGACAUUUUCUCCCACAUUUUCGGUGGAGGUCUGUUUGGGUUCAUGGGCGGUCAGAGCAGCAGGAACCGAAACGGGGGACGGCGGAGGGGAGAGGACAUGGUGCAUCCGCUCAAGGUGUCAUUAGAAGAUCUUUACAACGGCAAAACCACCAAACUCCAGCUGAGCAAGAACGUCCUGUGUAGCGCCUGCAACGGUCAGGGGGGGAAGACGGGCGCGGUGCAGAAGUGUACGGCGUGCAGAGGCAGAGGGAUGAGGAUCAUGAUCAGACAGCUGGCUCCUGGUAUGGUCCAACAAAUGCAGACGGUGUGUAACGACUGCAGUGGCGAAGGUGAGGUGAUCAGUGAGAGGGACCGGUGCAAACAGUGCGAGGGCCGUAAGGUGUGUAAGGAGGUGAAGACGCUGGAGGUGCACGUGGAUAAGGGAAUGAGACACGGGCAGAAGAUCACGUUCAGUGGAGAAGCGGAUCAGUCUCCCAACACCGAUCCUGGAGAUAUUAUACUGGUGCUGCAGGAGAAGGAACACGAGGAGUUCCGCAGAGAAGGUAAUAACCUGCACAUGUGCCAGACAAUCGGCCUGGUGGAGGCGCUGUGCGGCUUCCAGCUCACUGUCACACACCUUGAUGGGCGACACCUCCUCAUCAAAUACCCUGCUGGAAAGGUCAUCGAGCCAGGUGCUAUGAGGGUGGUGCCUGGAGAGGGAAUGCCGGAGUACAGGAACCCGUUUGAGAAAGGAGAUCUCUACAUCAAGUUUGACGUUCGGUUCCCGGAUAGCGGCUGGCUCAGUACCGAGAAACUAACCGAACUGGAGUAUCUGUUACCGUCACGUGACGAGGACGCCGUCAUCACGGCUGACACGGAGGAGGUCGACCUACAGGAGUUCGAUGUGAGUCAGGGGUCAUCUGGAGGUCAACGGCGUGAGGCCUAUAACGACAGCUCGGAUGAGGAGGGCGGUCCUCACGGGCCAGGGGUGCAGUGCGCCCACCAGUAACAUGUCUCUCACACACACACACACACACACACACACACACAGAGCUCAGUCACAGUGCAUCUCACCUGGAACAAAACCUCCGCCUCCUCUUCUCCAGCCCAGACCUGCCAUCCUUCACGCGUUUUGUGUCCGAGCUCCGUAUCUUAACGUCAGACCACACCGCUACGUGAUUCGCCUCAAAAAUACGCGGUCUUCUUUUUCCUUGCGCUAAAAGCGACAGCUGUGAAUCCGGAAUGAUUGACGGUUGGGUAGAUGUACAUCGGUUGAUCUAAAGCUGCGUUUACAGUUGAUGUGAGCGGCCAUUUUGAAUUGAAUGCGCUUGCUGAACUCGGAAUUCGAGAGACCGCCCCGAGUUCCCAACUUGGAAUUCCUUGGGAAUCGAGGGGAUGGAAAUUUUACCUAGUCGGAGGUCGCAAAUUGUGAGUUACGAUCUUUUUUUCUUUCUUUUUUUUUUUCCCUCAAAUGCAGCGUAACUGACCCCCUGGAGGCCCCGCCCCUUACACCCAUACUACGUUAGUAAUUGGUUAUUUCACCUUGAUUUUCCUGCCAUGAUGCGGUGUCCUCACUUCCUGUCACAGUAAAUGGGGAAUGAUUUGACUUCAACACUGUGUGUGUGUUUGUAUGUGUGUGUGUGUGUUUGUAUGUGUGUGUGUGUGUGUGUGUGUGUGUGUGUGUGUGUGUGUGUGUGUGUGUGUGUGUGCGCGUGCACACAACGCACUCCAGUUUCUACCUUACGUAAUGUGUGAAAGGACGAUAUCGGAAAUGUGCUGCGUUUCCAUGGAGAUGGCAGGUCUGUGAUCUCUUGUACCCCCGUCUCAUCUCCUCUCCUCUCAUCCCUCCGUCCUGUAAACCGCCGAAUGCACACUGAAUAACUCCUUCACUUCGACUAAGACUGGAAUGCUAAACUAGAACCUCCAUCUUCCAUUCCAAUAAAGAAACGUUCACGCGUUUUAAACGAAUAACAAGAAGCAAAGAAAAGAUAUAUAGAAUGGGUUGUUUUUAAUUCAUUACCACCGACAUUAUCAUUGUAGACUUUUAUAUACUGUAUAUGUUACUGAAUAUUUAAACUUUAAAGCAAUUGUGUAUAGGAUUUAAGUUAUAAUCUCACACACAUACACACACACUUCUGAAACAGUGCCAGAAUCAAGACAACACAUUGUCGAAAAGUUCAAUAAAAGAGUUUACGUGUGUAAUA